AUGACCCGACGUCUAAUCGCUUCUGGUUCUCCUCAUACAUCUCAACCAGUAACUGUUGGUACCUGGUUCUCUUUAGGUCAUUCAACAAUUGUAAUCAUAACUUGCAUUGUCGUUGCUGCUACAUCUGGUGCUCUUGAAUCACGGUUCAAUUCCUUCCGAAAUGUAGGAGGUAUCAUUGGUACAGGUGUUUCAGCUGGUGUAUUGAUUUUACUUGGAAUUGGAAAUGCAUGGAUUUUAUGGAGAUUGGUGGUUAAGUUGAGAGCAGUUCUAAGAGAAGAAAUCGAUGGAGAUGGUGGUGAGACUGGAUUAGGUUUCGAAGGUGGAGGAAUCAUGAUGAGAGUUCUCAGAAAGGUCUUUAAAGUGAUUGAUCGUCCAUGGAAAAUGUAUCCACUGGGUGUAUUAUUUGGACUUGGUUUUGAUACUAGUAGUGAAAUUGCGGUUCUUGGAAUCGCUUCUGUUCAGGGUGCUAAAGGAACUAAUAUUUGGCUGAUAUUAAUUUUCCCGGUUUUAUUUACCGCUGGCAUGUGUCUAAUUGACACCACCGACGGCGCAUUAAUGAUGACGCUUUACACAUCCACAUCUCUCGCUCGCGAUACGAUCGCAAUUCUCUACUACUCAAUUGUCUUAACAGGCAUAACAGUUCUAGUAGCUAUUUGUAUCGGAGUCAUUCAAUUACUUUCUCUCAUUGCAAAUUUCUCUACAGGGCCCUUCUGGGAUGGAGUUAAUGCGACAGGUGAUCAUUUUGAUGUUAUUGGUGGAGGAAUCUGCGGUGCUUUUGUGGUAUUUGGAGGUGCAAGUGUGCUAAUUUAUGGACCUUGGAGGAGAUGGGUCGAGAAGGGGAGAGUUGGAAGAAGAGGGAUUGGAAAUGGUGAUGCGGAUAUGGAGGUUGAGUUAGGGGAUAUUGGGAAGAAGGAUGAGAUGGGAGAUGAGAGUAGAGAUGAGAAGGAUGUUGGGAGGGUUAAAGAUAAGGUGAUUGAUGCUGAGUAG